AUGGUUUCUAUGCAACGAUCUCUGUCUUCACCAGUCCGCAUUCAUACUGCUCCCACUGGGUCGUCCACUGUUGCGCAAGAUUCGGGGUCGCCCCCUCCGUCUGUCGAUAUUCAUGUGCAACCACCUCGAUCACGAAGACGACGCUCGCCGAGCCCUAGCCCAACCCGCGAUCCCACACAGAAGUCUUCGCGGAACUCGGAUGACAAAGAACAUCGAGGUCAUGCUCACCAACAGUCACCAGUCAUGUCGUCCCGAAAGCCAAUUGUGGCACAACCAAAUAUGCCUGGCCAACCGUCACCAAGAAACAGUCCUAGAGUUUCGGCUCUAAAGCCUAGCACCAACGAAAACGAUAACGAUUCCUCUUCAAAGUUCAAACCGUUACUUCAAGAUGUUUCGCAAUACACAAAUCCACACCUUCAACCCGAAUCUGAAAGUACAACUCUCGAGGAACUGGCCCAUCUAGUGCGACUGUCUAAGUACCAGGAGCGCAAGCGCGCCAACAAUCGUCUACGUCUUCAAAGGAAUUUGGUUUCUACUGCUCUCAGCGCCCGCUUGACCCGCUGCGGGGAAAUAGCUCAUCGUAAUUUGGUCGACAGUUUCCGUCGUGACGACAAGGAGAACUUCUCUGCCCUGUACAGCGCUAUCCAUGAUGUACGCAACAGCUGCGACGAACUCCGUCGUUAUGCUCUUCUCGAUCCCGAGAUGGAAGGCCUCGCCAACGGCGGUCUUGGAUCUUCUGAAAGUUUGGACACUCCCACUAACUCGGCAGCUAUGGGCCCUCUCAAAUCUAUAACGCCAUUUCUACACGACAUUUCUGCUUCUGCUCGAGAUACAUUUUUGGAAUUUCUUACUCAGCUCCGUACAAAUCCUGACUAUUUGGCCACUCGUAUAUGUUCUCUGUCAAGCUCCGAGUUGAACUCAUUCUUGUCUUAUCAUAAAGGUUUGGAGCCCGUGGAAUCCGUCCUGCCCUUUCAUGGCCGUUCUGGAGGAAGAUCCCAUGCAAGUGCGCCCAAGAACAGCACUGCUGUGGAUAUAGAGCGACUGUUGUCUUUCCAACGCCACGAUCCUCUAUCCAUUCUUAUUCAUACCUGCUUUGCCAAUUCUGCUGGACCUGAUAGUUCUGAGGAUCAACGACGAACCGAAAUCUGGGCUACUGCUUUGGCAAGGCUUAUCUCGGAACCCAAAUCUACUGGAGAGCACUUUCUUAUUUCCGUUCUCAACAUCUGGACAGCAAUGCGUGACUGGUCUGGCAAGUCCAAUAUGGAAUGGUACCUGAUGAAGAUCCUCGAGGAUGGAGCCUUUUUGCUGGACCGGGCCGAGGACCAACAUGGUACACGAUUCAACCUCUCUGAUUGGAAUUCGUCGGAUGAGGUCGCGGCCAAAGAGUUCUAUGAGCGAGCAGUUAACCAAUUGUUUGAGCUUGUUGACGACGAGGAUGCCACCGGAAUACCCGAAGGACUCUUGGAGCUUGGAAAUGCCAUUUUGAAGAAACUCGACCACAAGUAUGUCGAAAACACCUCUCGCUGGUUGGUCUGGAGGUGUCUUUUCUUCGUUUUUCUCCUCGGCGUCAUUAUUCACCCGGAGUCUUAUGGAAUGCUGGCUGAGUAUCACAUCACACCUUAUGCGCGUGAGAAGAUUCUGAAAAAGGUAGCCAUGAAGGCUCAUGAGUAUGUCUCCAGCAUGUGGAGUGGUAAGCCCUCGGCAACCUGUGUUCCCGUCGACGUACCACCAAAGAUCAAGGGCCAUGUGGAAAGCAUCCUCGCCCGUUUCCAAGGAUCUCGAUCCAAGGCUCCCGCUGCCAAGCUACUCCCAGCGAGGUCCAUCACUUCCUUGAGAGAAACCAAGGAGGUCCAUCCUUAUUUGGUGAUUAGCCCAGCUGAUCUCGCGACCUUGAUUAAUGCCAUCUUUCCCGAAAGAAGACCUCACUCGGCUUCUGGCAGCUUUAGAUCAGGCCCAGCCUCUAUUUCUGGCAUGUCUGCUAUCUCCCAGCCCAUCCCUAUGUCAAGCACAAGAAACAACUUUGACACUGCCUCUAUCAUCAGCACGAGCGUCUCUUCAGUAUUUAGUGACUCUACUACCAGGGAUGACUACUUGGACGAGCAGACCUCUGUUACACCUCAGCGCUACUCUCCUCCAGCGAUGGACUCGGAGCUUCAAAGGCGUUUGAACAAGUAUGAAGAUGACGGCUACCGACUGCGCCUUGCACUCCACGAGAUGCAACAGAAUCUAGGUCAAGAUAUCGUCCGUGGUUCAUGUCACCCUUGCGCAGAGCGAUGGCUUGUUCUCUUCAUCUCCUCUGAUGGAAAGAGUUUGUCCACUAACAUGACAUUCGAUCCUGAUGAGGAAUUGGACGACGAAGAAAACUCAUCUAGCACUGAUACAGAUGAGGAAGACGCAAAUGACGGACCCGAGCUCGACAAGGACUAUCACCAACUGAGAGAUUCAAUCCUCAAGUUGGUGGAGGACUACGAGAUUCCCCGUAGCCUUGAGCCUGAGAACAGCCGCACGCAACUUAGUAACCGUGCUUCUGGUCUCAAGAGGUACAAGUCGAAGACAAGAAUUAUUACUACUGAGCGGUCGAUGGCCAGCCGCAAUCCAUACAGGAAGCACCUUGACAAGGAGGCCAACGGGAAGCGACAGGCAUCUAUUUCAGAGUCAGAAUCCCAGGAUGACAAGUCAGAAGCUGUCCUCAUUACCAUGCUCAAGGCAGCCUCAGCGCAGUCCAAGGCCCUGGCCGACUUUGUCUCUUCUCAUCAAUACUGGAAGACCCUCAAUCAACUCAAUGCUCUUGCAUCUCCCUCACUCCGAGCCAACGGCUUCGCGGUACUGAUCAACAUCUUCUCUCGUGGUCCAAGAGAUUCAAUCCGCCGAUCUGCUUCGGCUAUCGAGGAGUAUGAUGCUUGGCUCGUCUGGCUCAAGCAGAGUCAAGAACGCCACGAGGGCAUUAUCGACCGCAUGAUGAAACGUGUGCGAUCUGUACGAGAUAAGAUGUGGUAUGUGACGGAUGUGCGUAACUCUAAGGAGUAUGCCCACAGUCGUGACAUUUGCCAAGCUCUCAAGACCAUGGGCAUGCCUCGACGCUGGAACUCCUUCCAACGAUCUCGUGCCCACAUGGCUAGAGGGCCAAGUUCCUCUUAUCUCUACCGCACCGAGUCUCAGAUUAUGGACCUUCUAGCCGCGUCUGAAGAACAAGGUGGACCGAACAAGCUUAGCGAUGACCCUGCUGAAGCCACUGCAGCAUGGCUUCAGAACCGUGGCAUUGAGAACUUCUGUAUGGGUGAGGAGCGAAUCCACAGGUUCUGCUACGAGGUGGACAAGUGUAUCUCGAGACUCGUCGGCGAGACUAUCCGAGAUGCACCAGUUUUGUGGUCUAGCGAGCUUUACAAGCGAGACAAGCUUGGUUAUGACCGCGCCAGAGCCAGGGAGAAGGAAAUGUCCUGGACUGGAGAUGACACUGGAAGCAUCAUCAGCGAAGAUCGCAAGUUCAGUCCUACGUCAAGCAGACCCAACUCACUUGCUCGUGAUCUGAGAUCGCUGUCGAUGCACAACCCUAGCCAGCAAUCUCUUGACUCUGUCCGACAAGGAAUGCCUCGAGCUAGCUCAGCACUUUCAGAUAUUCUUGAUGGUCAAGAGUACUUUGAUCGUGCUUCGCCUGCGCACACCAACGACUCAGCUAGCACCUUCUGGUCGCCAUUCCAGCCAGUUAUGUCUCCUAGUUCAGGAGCUUCUCGAGGUUACUCGCCCACAACGAGUAUGACAAACCUAUCUACAACCUUCUCUCACUCUCAGCAUGGCACUGCUCCUUCCAACUCAACUUUCUCAACUGGAACCGGGCGCCCGGGCACUUCAGCGUCGUCCAAUGAGACUGUUUUCCAACACCAGAAGUCGGAUGAUGAGAAGACACGCUUCCUGAACGAGCUGAGACAAUCCCUUACCAGUCUCUUGCUUUCUGACCUUGGCAACCAAGUCUUCUCCAAGGGUUCUGAGACUGAUGGCUGGUUUGACAAACUGGGACAACAGUGCAUUGAUCGUAAGGAUGCUCUUGAUCGUCGAGCCCGACGUCGCUCUGAGAUCAAGGAGAAGCGAAGCUCAGGUCGACCAAGAGUCAUUGAGAAGAAGAAGAGUUUUGGUAACCUCCGGGGUGCCGGUGAUAACGCAUCAGAAACUUCGGAAGUUCCUCCGACUGAGGGAUCCAGCACCAAUGAAUCCACGCCGCGUCUGUCUGUGGCUAAGGAGGACAAGGACAAAUCAGAAUUUCCCUUCAAGAAGGCAUACCAACGACUUCUCAACAUGUUUUGCGUUCACCCUAACCCUUACGCGAAGCUGAAUGCUCUUUAUGAAUUGGAGAACCUCAUUGUAGCUGCACUACAGUCAAGCGGACAAAAGAGGCCGCGAUGGAACCGGUCCGAUGCUGGGUCGAGCGUUGUAACAGAGCACAACACCAACGCUCGUCCUACACCUCUAGAGGGAACAAUUGACAACGUCAAAGAACGUCGAUCGCAAGCUCUUCAAUCUCAACUUGCGACGCCAUUCUUUGGUCCUCGACAAACCAACUCCGAGACACGAUCAAUUAUGUCGGGUGGAAACGUCAACACCGACAUCAUUACCAAAGAACUCCAAGCUCUAUUCAGAGAGGCAUCAAUCCGACCAAAGACUCUCUUCCGCGAUUUGCAAUUUAUCGCAUCAUUUGUCCCACCUUCAGUGCUGGACAAGCAGGAGCGUGGCAAGGCUUUCUGGAACACUGCUCUAGCGGCUCUCAAGCUCAAGUCAGAAGUUUGCCGAACCAUGGUAGAGAUGGCAGAUGAAGUCGUCGCAGCGCACACCCACGUGCGAAAACCAAACGACAAUACGAUACCAGAUGUGCCACAAUCAACAACUGGCACACCACCACCGCCGUCAACAACAUACAAACUGGAUGAUGCGGGUAAGAUGUGGACAAUCACGGCUAAGGAAGGAUUCCCAACAGCACAGCGCGAGCUUGCGCUGUUCUACCUUUCCAACCCAGAAUACGUUGAGCGUACAACGCUCCCUCUCUCCAAGCCACGCGAAGUAUUUAAGCAAACUGUUAUGGACAAGUAUGGCCGCUUGGGUAACGGCGGCAGCGGAGGCCGCACAGGUUUCGGAGGUGAAGGCAAGGAGAGUGAUGUGAGAAGCGACCCGGGGUUGAUGUGUGUCGCGGUUCACUGGAUGGAAGCGGCUGAGCAUGGAGGUGACAAGCUGGCGACGAGCUUCCUGCAACAGAAUGGAUUUUGGGGGGGAGAUGAGUGA